CCGGAGACGCAGCAGCAGCAGCAGCAGCAGCCGCCGGUGACGUUUCACGGUGACAUUCGUCGUCGACGACGGCAUUUUUGCCCGUUCGCUUCGCGUCCUCACGGCCUAUCCGUCCGGGGGAGGGAGAGCGAGACCGAGCGAGAAAAUCCGUCUUUCGUUACCAGGCCCGUACGGACGCGGUACGCACUCCGACGACGGGCGCGCAUUGUUUUACCGCUCCCCCUUGCCGUCCCGCCGAUCGACUGCUGCCGUCCUACGCCGCCGCUGCCGAAGCCGCCGCCGCGCCGCCACCACCGCUGUUGCCGUCGUCGUCGUCGUCCCGUCAGUUCUCCGCAUCGCUUUCUCCAGGUCGCACUUCUAUCGAUCAUACGUUUUGAUUCAUUAUGAUAAUUUUGUUUUAUUUUUUUGUAAAGUUUAUUCAAAAUUUACAGUUUGUCAAAAUGUCUAGAAUACACAAUUUGAUCUGUUAUAAGAGGAAUAAAUCGACUCCUGCUGAAGAAACAUUUGUUGGUGCUAUUGAUGAAGGAUCUAGUAGUACGCGAUUUUUGGUAUUUUCAUCUAAAACUCACUUGCCUGUUGCCAGCCACCAAAUCAAUACAACUAAUAUAUGCUUGAAUGAUGGAUGGGUUGAACAAGAUCCUGAAGAUAUUCUGAUAAAAGUCAAAGAAACUAUCACUGUGACGUGUGAAAAACUUAAGUCUAUAAACAUAUCGCCUUCAUCAAUUGUCGCAAUAGGUGUGACAAAUCAGCGAGAAAGUACUGUAGUAUGGGACAAGUAUACAGGAAAACCAUUAUACAAUGCCAUAAUUUGGAUGGAUAUGAGAGCACAAGGGAUAGUUGAAAGAUUACUCGAGAAAAGAAUUCCAAAUUGUGAUACAUUAGAUGAAAGAAAAAGGAAUUUGCAGUUCAAAUGCGGUCUAACAAUGAAUCCAUACUUUAGUGUAUUUAAACUGCUUUGGUUAAUGGAAAAUGUUCCUGAAGUUUUAAAAGCUAUACAAGAAAAGAGGUGUAUGUUUGGUACAAUUGACUCUUGGCUAAUUUGGAAUCUCACUGGUGGUAUUAAAGGAGGAGUUCACGUGACUGAUGUUACAAACGCUUCAAGAACGAUGCUGAUGAAUAUUCAUUCUUUACGAUGGGAUCAGACAUUAAUCGAGUUCUUCAACAUACCAAACGGAGUGAUAUUACCAGAAAUACGUAGCUGUUCAGAAGUGUUUGGCCGUAUGGUAGAUGGACCUCUUGCAGAAACAAAGAUAGCCGGAUGUAUUGGAGACCAGCAAGCUGCACUUUUAGGUCAAAUGUGUUUUUUGUCAGGACAGGCAAAAAGUACAUUUGGCACUGGAUGUUUCGUAUUGUACAAUACGGGUCGUAAGCCUGUUAUCUCUGAACAUGGUCUCCUGACAACCGUGGCCUUUAAAAUGGGAGCUCACACCGAUCCUAUUUAUGCGCUUGAAGGAUCAGUAGCCGUGGCUGGAUUUGCAGCCAAGUGGUUAAUGGAAAAUCUCGAAGUUGUGGACAGCUACCAGGACCUCACAAUGAAAGCUGACACUGUGGAAAACACCAACGGUGUUCAUUUUGUGCCGGCUUUCUCUGGCCUGUAUGCACCGUACUGGCGAAGUGACGCUCGCGGCACGAUCUCGGGGUUGACAAUGGAGAUGACCGACGCGCAUUUGAUGAGAGCCACGCUCGAAGGCAUCUGUUUUCAGACCAAGGACGUUUUGCAAUCCAUGCAGUCGGAUACUGGCCAUCCAACUACGGCAUUAAACGUUGACGGCGGGAUGUCAGUCAGCGACACUUUUUUGCAGAUACUCACAAACCUUUGUGGUAUUCCCGUCGUACGACCAAAAAUGGUGGAAACUACAGCUCUUGGCGCAGCUUUGGCAGCCGGUUUUGCAGUUGGUGUAUGGAGAAUGCACAGUGUCAAAUCAGACUGUGACACUUAUGUUCCUACAAUCUGCUACAAAGAACAAAAAACAAAAUAUGAUAUGUGGAAAAACGCAAUAAAGCAAAGCAUUGGAUGGAAUAGGGAUAAUGAUGAAGACAAUGAUGAUUUUGCUGGAUUUUAGAAAACUACUAUCAGUUACACUUUUUUUUUAUAUAUAUUUAUGCAUGUAUUUUAUUAUAAUAUUUGUGUUCAGUUAAAUAUUAUAAAUGGGUUCAUAGUAUUGUGCUAAUCACAUUCAAUAAAAAUAUAAUAAUUUUGGGUGUUUUCAGUAAUGACCUGUUUAA